UUAAAAUAGAGCUGAAGGGGUGAGAGAGAGGCAGAGAGAUAUUAAGAAGAAAGAAAGUGCUAAGAAGAAGAAGGAAGUAGAAGAAGAAGAAGGAACUGCUUCGAUCUAUAAUCAGCUAUUCUCUCUCUCUCUCUCAUCCCAUUUCGUCGGAGCCAUGAUUUCUGCCAGCAAACUCAAAUCCGUCGAUUUUUACAGGAAAAUCCCACGAGAUUUGACUGAGGCGUCACUAUCAGGGGCGGGAUUAUCCAUAAUAGCAGCUUUCUCCAUGAUCUUUUUAUUUGGAAUGGAACUAAAUAAUUAUUUGACUGUAAGCACCGCUACAUCAGUGAUUGUUGACCAGAGUUCUGAUGGAGACUUUUUACGUAUAGAUUUCAAUAUCAGUUUUCCUGCACUCUCAUGUGAGUUUGCAUCAGUUGAUGUGAAAGACGUGCUGGGAACAAACAGGCUCAAUAUAACAAAAACGGUUCGGAAAUUUUCUAUUGAUUCAAGUUUAAGGCCCACUGGUGCUGAGUUUCAUUCAGGACCCGUUGCAAAUGCUGUUAGGCAUGAUGAUGAAGUAGAUGAAGAAUACGUUGAAGGUUCUUUUGCACUCACAGAACAAAAUUUUGAUAAAUAUGUUCAUCAGUUUCCGCUUACCAUUGUAAAUUUUUAUGCUCCUUGGUGUUCCUGGUGUCAGCGUUUGAAACCUUCAUGGGAGAAGGCAGCUAAAAUAAUGAAAGAGAGGUAUGAUCCAGAAAUGGAUGGACGUAUUCUUGUAACAAAGGUAGAUUGCACUCGAGAAGGUGAUUUAUGCAGGAGGAAUCACAUACAAGGUUAUCCAUCUAUUCGCAUCUUUCGGAAAGGAACUGACCUCAGAAGUGACCAUGGACAUCAUGAACACGAGUCCUAUUAUGGAGAUCGUGAUACAGAAAGCCUAGUCAAGAUGAUGGAAAGUUUAGUAGAAUCUCUCCCAAAAGAAUCUCAGAAGCUAGCAUUGGAGGAUAAAUCCAAUGUAGCAGAGAAAAGACCUGCACCAUCAGCUGGUGGAUGUAGAAUUGAGGGAUAUGUACGUGUGAAAAAGGUUCCCGGAUUCUUGAUUGUCUCAGCUAGAUCAGAGUCGCAUUCCUUUGAUGCUUCUCAAAUGAACAUGUCACAUGUCAUAAACCAUCUUUCUUUCGGAAGAAAAUUGACACCUAGGGCCAUGAGCGAUGUGAAGCGGUUGAUACCUUACAUAGGUAGCAGCCAUGACAGGCUGAAUGGUAGAUCAUUCAUCAAUCCUCGUGUUUCAGAAGCAAAUGUUACUAUAGAGCAUUAUAUUCAGAUAGUUAAAACAGAGGUAAUAACUAGAAAAGGUUAUAAAUUAAUUGAGGAGUACGAAUACACAGCGCAUAGCAGUCUGGCUCACAGUGUAGACAUUCCUGUUGCGAAGUUCCAUCUUGAGCUGUCCCCCAUGCAGGUCUUGAUAACCGAAAGCCAGAGGUCCUUUUCACAUUUUAUUACUAAUGUUUGCGCAAUUAUUGGGGGAGUUUUCACGGUAGCUGGAAUUAUUGACUCAAUUCUGCACAACACAAUUAAAAUAAUGAAAAAAAUUGAGAUAGGCAAGAAUUUUUGAUAAAUGGUUGAAAUUUUAGUUUAGUUAGGGCUUCUGAUUUAGAUAUGCCCUUUUUUACUAUAGGUCAUGUAUCAGUUUAUUUUCCAUAGGUAUGCUAUAUAAAUCAUAAAAUUGUAGUAACUUUAAUUGUUACUUUAGUUGAAUUAUGAUUACAACUUUUAAGGAUAACGGUAAUGACUUUCACAAUGGAAGAGAAUUAUACAA